AAACGUUUAAACUUUGAUUCAUUAAUGUAAAUUUUUAACCGUUUAGAUGUGUUACGUGGAAUAUCUAAAAAUGGACGUUUUGAAAGUCGCAGUGCUUGCAUCUUUGCUGUGCCAAUUUGCUAAAGCUUCUAUGGGUGGACAGUCCAUUUCUUUGACGAGAGGACUAGUUGAAAAUUAUGAUCAACACAGCCAAACAUUUAGCCACAAGAUGGCAAAGCGUCAGGCUGCGUGGUACCUGAAGUGUCCUACAUGCGGAUACAGCUCUAAGAAAAUUGAACUGCACAAAGAAGAAAUGAUAAACAAGAAGAGUAGAUUCGAUGAUAAAAGUCGUGAUGGCUCAUUAAAAACUUACAAAGCUAAGAAAAUACUUUCUGAUCCCAGAUGUAAGGACUCUCCAAGUGUCGCUGUGUGCCGAAUUCUCAGAAAAGUUCUUGGUGGAAUGCGUGAAUAGAUGGGCUUCCUUGGACAACAUUCUAAAAUUUCCAGGAAAUGUCAACGUUGUCCAUCUUAAAAGUUUAAAGAACAAGCAUCUGUGUCUGAAAAUGUGCAUUUUGUUAUAUUUGUAGUUGCGAGAAAUGAGGAUUUAUGUUCGAGUGGACAAAAUGGUGAACUUGCAAAAACACUUGUUUACAAACAGGCCAAAUGUGAUAAAGCCAAUAUCAUGUGUUAAACAUUAAAAUGCCCAAUGAAUAACUG